CUCUGGAAGAUGAUCCUGUGGAUGAAGACAGAAGAGAUGGCCCUGGGAGAGCUGCUGGAGAGACUAAGGACAGUCACCCAAAGCAUAGGAGGACGAGAGCAGUAAUCGGCUCAGAAGAGAGUCUAACGCUGAUCAUAGAAGACAGGAGCGAGGACGGGAGAGUGAGGAAAGGAGAGAUUCACGGCAACACAGUCAACUGAGGAUGAGAAGGAUUUAGCAUUGUUAAAGCUGAAAAGCAGGUUCUGUGUUGUAAAAUGCAGAAAACUGAGAACCCCUGUCGCUUUUUUUUCCUCUUACUGAAAGAAAUAAGGUAUAAACACACCUUGUUUGACUGUCUGUGCUGUGCUUUAAACAUAAUUGCACCUGCAAUAUCCUCAAAAUGAUAUGAACCAGGAACAUCUAUUUGCAUUCCACACUGUGGUUGACUUCUUUUUUUCAUUUUUAUUGGUGGAUUAUAGUCAUUGAUCCAUCCAUCCACAGUGUAGUCACUCAGUGAGUGGGCAGAGCUGCUUAGCUUUAUCAUAGAGAGCACUGAGACGGGCUUUGUUCAGUGGACACAAAAAUAAUCAAAUGACAUGCAGAAACAUUUGCAUUUCUCCAUUUUUAUAUACUUGUAAAUAAAUAACCAGAAAAAAACUGUAGGGUCUAGAAACCUGAGUUGGGAAAGUGACAUUAUUAUAUUUUACAGACUAGAUGAUUAAUCCAUUCAUCAAAAUAACAACCAGAAACAAAUAAUUGUUACUUGGAGCGCUAAUCACAGACAGCCUCUCCUUGUCUCUAACUGGGCAUUUGACCUACUUCCAGUUGAUUUAAAGGGACAUGUCCAGAUCAGCGAGUCACAGCUCUCAGCAUUUCCAGCAGGAAUUUGUUCAUCUGUAGCCAGCGAUGCUCAGGGAGUUGUUUUAUUUAGCGUGUGAUAUGCAUGUUGUGGUUGGAGGUUUGGUGAGCUCAGUGCGGUUAGCGUGUCUUCAAGGUGUGAUUAACACCUGUAGUUGCUGCUGAGCCAACCAGGGAGUAACUGAGAUUUAUGAAAGUGUCAGAGCUUAACUUCAGACAGCCCAGCUGUCUCAGAAGCUCAGGACUGCUUUUCAAUCAAUCUGAUAUCAAUAAAACGGUGGUCCUUUGUUGUAUUGCUAGGAUGGAAAGCACAGCAUCAGAUACAUCAGAUAUACACUUUUUUGUGCACAUACAUUGAGUCUCAGGUUCCUUUUUAGCUUGAGGUCAGGGGAUCAUUUAGCCUGAAUAAGUGAGCUGUGCUGUUCAUCCCUAAAGGCAGAGCAGGUGUAUCGCCAGAUGGAUCCAGCAAGUAACUGUUAGUCUCCAACUAGUCAGCUGUGGUCAGAAAGGUGCAUAUAGCCAGAGACAAAGAGAGAGCUAGUACACUGUAGCAUGCCUAAUUUAUUUCACUGCAUUUAACUGGCACUAUAUGCACUAUCAAACACAGUAUUAUUCACACUCUAGAGGAAAUAAAAACAAUAUUUUGAAUGCUUCAGAGCAUCUUAUCCACGGUAAUUUUGUGCAGACAUUCAUGGUUCCCAGAUGUACUGUAUGCUAAUGACUUUGGUAGUCCCCUAACUUUUCCUCUUAAAUGCCACCAUGAGGUUCAUAUCUGUGGUUUUGAGUGAAAUGUCUCGCUUAAAAAUAGAUUUCCUUGAAAUUUCUUACAGACAUUCAUGUUCCUCACAGGAUGAAUUGUGAUAACUUUGGCUGACUUUUCAUCAUCAGGUCAAAAUGUUUUAUCUUUUUUGGUCAUCUUUGUGAAUUUCAACAGCUUCAGUCAUAAAUAUGAACAUGUAAGCCUCCUCUCUACUCAUCAUAUUUCUCAGUAGUGGCAAUAUUAAUGAAUUAAUAAUGAUCACUUUAACUUGUGGGUAGAAGUAGGCAUGCAUAUGUCUUUAUGUCUGCUUGUGAGGUCAGUGCGGGAGCAAACGGUGAUGAAGGGUUAUAGAUGAGGAAGCACACAGGGGGUGGUUGAUGCCAUAAUAGAGGGAUCAGACCUGAUUAUCAGGGGAACUGAAGGGGGGGGGGGACCACAGAGAGAGAGAGAUGCAGGGUUAACAGUAGAUGUCACUGAACAGGAGGCUGAUGUUGUUUUUCUCCUCCCCUGCAGUCACCUCAUCAGUAUGUGUGACAGUGCAGCUCCUCUAUCACCUCCAUUCUAAGCCUAUAAACUGCCUUUUGCUCGCCAGCUUUAACCACACAAACACAUACAGCCUGCCAGAAAGCAACCUCCUCCUCUCUCUUAUCAAUGAGGACUCUCUUAUGUUUGCUCCUCCACCUCAGUUCCAGGCCUCAUAUUGAGCCACAACACAACCUGAGCUGUAUACAUAAAUCACAGAGUUUUAGGGUUGCAGUUUUUUUGGUUUGUUUCUCAUGCUUUUUGCAUUAUUUCCUGGCACACCAGAAAUGAAUGCAUGGCAAGAUCUGGGGGAGAUGGAAAGGGGGAAAGAAAAGGCAGAUUAGUUAAGGAGUGGAGGAAUAUAAUUAGCCCGAGCAGCAGAAGGGGAUUUGUGCUUCGCCGGCUGCCCUCUGCUCCCGCUCCCCUCCACCCUCCUCCCGUCUCCUCACUUGGAAAUCUAUGCUACUCUGAGCUGUCAAUAGUUGCACUGGCGACAAGGUAUGCGAGUGCAUCAGAGUGUGAGUGUGUUUGUGCAGAGCAGAGCUGGGCCUAUUCUCACCUACAGUGUGAGCAGUGUUUGUUUCAGAGGUUGUGCAGACAGUGACUCAGCUCUUUUUUUUAGUUCUGCCGGCUUUGCACUGUGCUGUUGCCUCGAGUCCCCCCUAUGUGGCUCUGCAGAGGACACUGGGCUUGUGUUGUGUGUCUCCUCUCAGGAUGAAUGUGAGAGCAUGUUGGCUUGAUCCCGAGUGACCUGGCACAUUACAACAAAGAAGGAUCCUUUCCAUGCCUGCAUUUGGGGGCUGCGCUUUGGAGUCUAUUAGAGUGUGCAGCAGAGCUUUGCAGGUCCAGCGAGGGGUCUCUCUAGAUGACAGAGUUUGUUUGAGUGUGUGAGACCAGCAGCCGGCUCUCAUGUCUCUGCAUGAGUUUCUGCGUGACGGCGGUGAGGCGUCGUACCGGAUCAUGAACCGGCUCAGUCAUCUGAUCCAGAACUUGGACAUCUCUGGACUGGGCUCUCCUUUCCCUUUCAGCCCUGCCAGCCGUAAGAACUCCUGGAGAGGCUGGGAUGAUGAUAUCAUGCAGCUGGACAGCAGUCCCCUCCACGCUGCUGACAUCACCCCUGACCUCAAGAAGCAGUUCGCCUUUCUUUCAGGGGGUCGAGGAGAUAAUGGCAGCCCCAUCAUUGUGUUCCCAGAAUUCCCUGCAUUUGGAGAGAUCACAGACAGGGAGUUUCACAACGUGCUCACCUACCUGACAAGCGUGCCCAGUUUGUCGUCAACAGGCGUGGGUUUCAUCCUGGUCAUCGAUCGCCGGCAAGACCGAUGGGCAGCCGUCAAAGGGACCCUGCUUCGUAUUGCAGGCUCCUUCCCUGGGAACCUCCAGCUGGUUCUGGUUCUGAGGCCCACCACCCUCCUUCAGCGCACACUCUCUGACAUUCUCUUCAAGUUCAACAAGGAUGAGUUCAAGAUGAAGGUGCCGGUGAUCAUGCUAAGCUCAAUAACUGAGCUGCACUCCUACAUUGACCGAACCCAGCUGACCCAGGAACUUGGGGGGACGCAGGAGUACUGUCACGAGAAGUGGAUCUCUCACCGCACUGCUAUUGAAGGCUUUGCGUUGAUGGUAAAGAAAACGGCACAGACCCUACAGUCUUUUGGGACCGAGCUGGCAGAAACUGAACUCCCCAAUGAAACCCAGGCGACAACCAUCCUGCUGAGCACACACACCACCAAGAAAGACAAAAUGAAGGAGGAUCUGCUGGUGGCUCUGGGACAGGGCAGCAGGCUGCUGGAGAGCAUUAAUGAGCCAGUGGUGCGAGACCCUGACCACAACAUGAACCAGGAUGAACUGGAGAACAUGGCUACAGUGCAGAGACUGCUGUCUCAGCUGGACGAGACAGAAAGGGCUUUCGAUGAGUUUUGGGUGAGGCACCAGACCAAACUGGAACAGUGUCUCCAACUGCGCCACUUUGAGCACAACUACAGGGAGGUGAGGGCUCUGCUGGAUCAAGUGUCUGAGAAACUUGCAACCUUCUCUGAGGUGGGGAUCAGCCCAGCCCACGCUGACCAUAUCUUCUGUGAGCUCACCACCUAUGAAGAGAGAGUUAGUGAGGUGCUGGACAAAGCUUUGGCGUUGGCCCGUGAGGGUGAUGAACUGAUCCAGAACUCCCACUAUGCUGAGGAUUCCAUUCAGCCCAAAUGCAGCGAGCUCAGAGCAGUCAGUGAAGAUGUGAGCAGCAACUUGACAGCCAAGAAGGACCACCUCCUCAAAGCCAGGGAGCUGCAUCACUGUUUGGAGAGGGCUUCUAAGUGGUGUGAUGAUGGUAUAUACCUGCUGGCCUCUCAGCCAGUAGACAAGUGUCAAUCACAUGAGGGGGCGGAGCUAGCUCUGCAGGAGCUGGAGCGUUACCUGGAUAAUGCAGGCCAGAACCGACUGACAGACCUCAGUACCAUCUGGACAGAUUAUGAGGCAGUGCUCAACCAGCAGCUCAGGGACCAAGUGGAGAAGGUUUUCCAGAAGCAGGGGUCCAUGCAGGAGAUGUUUGAUAAGAGGAGGGUCAGCCUGAAGAAGCUCGCAGCCAAACAGACCAGGCCGGUGCAGCCGGUAGCCCCCAGGCCUGAAGCCUUCAUCAAAUCUCCUCUCAGCUCCCCUGCACACCGAGCACAGCAAGAGAAAAACUGCUCAGAGGGAAACUCUGGAAACUGUGAGAAAGGAAACGGCCAACUGCAGGAUGGAGACAGUAACAGCAGACAUGCCUCUCUGUCAGAGGAGGAGGAGAACCUGGCAGUGCUCAGGAGACAUGUUAUGAACGAGCUGCUGGAAACUGAGAGAGCCUACGUGGAGGAGCUGCUCUGUGUAUUACAGGGAUAUGCCUCUGAGAUGGAUAAUCCAGCAAUGGCCCACCUCAUCCCUGCUCCUCUGCAGAACAAAAAGGAGGUUCUGUUUGGUAACAUGCCAGAAAUCUACCAUUUCCAUAAGAGGACGUUCCUGAGAGAGCUGGAGCAGUACACUGACUGCCCCGAGCUGGUUGGAAGGUGUUUUCUAGAGAGGAUGACCGACCUGGAGAUCUAUGAGAAGUACUGUCACAACAAGCCUCGCUCUGAAAGCCUGUGGAGGCAGUGCUCAGACUGCGCCUUCUUCCAGGAGUGUCAGAAAAAGCUGGAGCAUAAACUGGGUCUAGAUUCCUAUCUGCUGAAGCCUGUUCAGAGAAUCACCAAAUAUCAGCUGCUACUGAAGGAGAUGCUUAAGUACAGUAAGACCUGUGAAGGGGCUGAUGACCUGCAGCAGGCACUGACCUCCAUCUUGGGCAUCCUCAAGGCUGUCAAUGACUCCAUGCACCUCAUCGCCAUUACAGGAUAUGAGGGUAACAUGAGUGAACUGGGCAAGCUGCUGAUGCAGGGGUCGUUCAGCGUGUGGACGGAGCACAAGAAAGGUCAUGCCAAGGUUAAGGAUCUGGCUCGUUUCAAGCCCAUGCAGAGACACCUGUUUCUCCAUGAGAAGGCGCUGCUCUUCUGCAAGAGGAGGGAGGAAAAUGGGGAAGGCUACGAGAAAGCUCCCUCCUACAGCUUCAAACACUCUCUCAAUAUGAGUGCUGUGGGCAUUACAGAGAAUGCAAAAGGAGAUAACAAGAAGUUUGAAAUCUGGUGCAACUCCAGAGAGGAGGUCUACAUUGUUCAGGCACCGACAGCUGAAGUUAAAACGACUUGGGUGAAUGAGAUUAGGAAGGUUUUGACAACUCAGCUGGAGGCAUGUAGAGAAGCCAGCCAGCAGAGGGCACCAGAUCAGGUUUUCCAGUUUCCCCCUGUGUCAAGUGGAUCAGUGAACCUAAGUCCAUUCAAGAGCGGUCAGAAGAGCUUUAAAAAGGGAGAGGAGAAGAAAGCUGAGCCCUGCAGUCCUGAUGCCAAUUCCUCUUCUUCACCAAAGCCCACAGGAAAAGAUGAGACUGUGACAAGCCCUACCUCAGACAGAGCUGCUGUGGCUAAAAAGCGCUUUACUUUACAGGGUUUCAGUAACCUCAAAGCUCAGAAAGAGCCUUCAUCUACUGAUGAUAAAAGUUUUACAUUACCCAUGACGAUCCUCCUGUUACCAGGAUCUCCGACAAGCCCUGAUCACAAGACGAAACGCCAGAGCGAUCCUACGCCAUUUGGGUUCAAAGAUGCAGGUCCUCCUCCCCUCCACCUGAGCAGGGCCAGGUGGUUCAGCACCUCUAGUCUCUUACAGACAAAGUGGAGAGGCUGGAACAAGGCCUCCCUGUCACUGGAUGCCUCAGAGGAGCAUGAUGGCUAUUCCAGUGCUGAGGAUCCCCUUAACUCUGACCCAGAGGACGACAAUGGCAAGAAGCUGUGUGCCGGCAAAUAUACAGUGAUGGCCGACUAUGAGAAGGGCGGAGCUCAAGAGCUCUCAGUGAAGAGCGGAGACAUGGUACAGCUGAUCAAGGAGGGGGAUGACGGACAGUGGUUUGUGCGUAACCUGAGCACCACUAAGGAGGGCUGGAUUGCUGCUGCUAAUCUUAUCACCCUGAUUGGAAAGUCCCAGUCUUGCCAGUCUCUCACCAGCUCAGAAGGCAGUGGCUCUGGAAACCUCAGCACAUCAUCAAGCUGCAGUGAGACCUACACAAGCUUCUCUGACAUCAAACCAUGAACUCCUCAGCACUUCCUCCGUCACCAAACUGCCCCCCUGAAUGCUAGCAUCAUGUGGCUAUCUGUGCUGUAUUGCCAACAUCAGUACCUAUUAGAAUUUGUCCACAAAAAGCUGUACUUUUUCUUUUUUUUUUUUAAUGCACAAACAUGCACCAAAUAUUGAGAUAACGACAAAUGUUAUAGAUUUGACAGUGGUGCCAUCAUGCGGUGAAGAUACUGAAAAGAUCAACACAUCACACACAGUAAUUUCACAGUAUAGUAAAGUGAUCCUAUAGUCAUACACUCAUCUGUUUAUUUUUAUGAAGAACAGAGGAUUCAUGCGAUAAUAAUGUGAUAGAUGUAUGAAUGGGCCAGCCGGACUGAUCUAAGUUAAUGCAUCUAUCAGUGUUCACAUUACAAGUGGGGAAGUAUGUGGAUGACUGUUGUUCAUCUGCACUAGUUCACCCAGGAGUUAAUUCCACUGUUAGUGUAAAUAAGAAAGAUAGAGAUAAAUAAAUAUGUACGGCUUG